AUGAAGCAUUUAUUGGCAUCAAACAAUGCAUUAAUUGUUCAUUUACAAACUCCCACAAUGGAUAUUUUAACUGCCAUUGACAUUCUUGAAAAUACAAUUCAUCUUUUUGAUCACAUGUAUGACGAUCAUGAAAGUUUUCGUGGCAUUAUUGAAGUAUGUAUCCAAAAAAAUCUUGAUAAAUUUAAUGUAAGUGCUGAUUUGGAUGCAGAAUUUCAAUGUCUUCGAUGUCGUAAUAAAGCUCUACAAUCAAUACAAGAGUACUAUCAAAUUACUUUUCAAAAAUUGAUUAUCCAUAUGAAUGAUGAAUUUAAAGAUUAUUUAUUAGUUUUAACAACAAACAUUAAACAUUUUGGUCAUUUAUCACCAAAACAAAUCAAUUUAUUUUCUCGAGAAGAUGCAAACAAUAUCUGCUCAGUUGUUUCUGAUAUUGAUGAUCCUGAUCUUUUAUUUCAUGAAUUUCAACCUAUGAAAUCAAAAAUUAUUGAAUCCGACAAUAUUGCAAAUGUAUUAAUAACAAUUAGAACACCUGAUGUUUAUCCACGAGCUCAUAAAGUUUUACAAUAUGUAUUGACAAUACCAAUUUCAAUAGCAUCAAAUGAGCGAUCAUUUAGUAAAUUAAAAAUUGUCAAAAAUUAUUUUCGAACAAAUAUGAGUGAUCAACGAUUAUUUUACUUAAUGUUUUAUGCAAUUGAAAAAGAUUAUCUUGAUGAACUCAAUUUGUAUGAUUUAGCAAAAGAUUGGGCAAAGAUGAAAGACAGACGUAUUGAACUUCCAUAA